UCAUCUGUUAUUUAUUUUAUAAUAAUAAUAAUAAUACUAAAUAAAUGUAUUAUUGAUUGAAGGAUUUCGUAAGCAAUGCAAAUUACUCGCUUAGAAAAGCCGAAAAAGAAAGGUAGGAGAGGAACCUAAUCCAUUAUAUUGAAAACUACCACUUCCCCUUUUUUUUCCAUUCUUUCUUUUUUGAGUGGAUCGCUUGCUUUCUAAUAAAGCUUCAUCCCAUCCUUCGCAGUAAACUGGAAAACAAAGAGUCCAAUCUCCCGCAUCUCCCGCUCAAAAAGGAAACGACCCCAAAAGAAAAGGCCAUGCUUCUCUUCUUCUUCUUCUUCCUUCACCUGCCCUUCACUUCUUCCUUCCUCCCGCCAUGUCUCGCCUCUAGGCCAUCGCCAAAAUCAAAAACCAAUUCCAGCCGCGUGGUGUUCAGGUGCGGAGAUGGAGAACAAUCAUCACUCAGCUCAUCCAGAAACUUCGAGUACUUCCCCGGGAAGCCGCGGUGGCGGAGGCAGGAGGCCCCGGCGAGGCUUUCGUAUGCGUUCUCGCCGGACAACACGAUCGACUACCUCUCCCCGUCCGACGUCCGUCAAUCCUUCCGCCGCGCCUUCGGGCGCUGGAGCGCGGUGAUCCCGGUGAGCUUCGCGGAGGCGGAGGAGUACGGCUACGCCGACAUCAAAAUCGGGUUCUACAGCGGGGACCACGGCGACGGGGAGCCCUUCGACGGCGUCCUGGGGGUGCUGGCCCACUCUUUCUCGCCGGAGAGCGGGCGGUUCCACCUCGACGCGGCGGAGAGGUGGGCCGUGGAUUUUCGAGCGGAGAAGUCAAAGGUUGCUGUUGACUUGGAAUCGGUGGCGGUCCAUGAAAUUGGACACGUGUUGGGCCUGGCCCACUCGUGGGCCCGGGAUGCCGUGAUGUUUCCGAGCUUGAAGCCCAGGAAGAGGAAAGUGGAGCUCAGCCUCGACGACAUACGGGGCGUUCAGGCGCUCUAUGGCUCCAACCCCAACUUCACCGUCGGAUCUUUGUCCGAGUCCGAUAUUUCCACCAAUCGUGCCGUUGGCGUUGCUUGGCUCGGUUCCUCUCAACGGCUGCGAUUGCUUGCUCUCUGCUCUUCCUUUCUGUUGCUUUCUCUGCAACUGUGAUAUUGUGACUCGUCAUCAUUAUCAUUCACCAGAUUUCUUUCUUUUUUUUAUUUUUGCUUUCUUUCUCAAUUUUUUGGAAGCAUAGAUAAUUUGAAAGGUAUACUGACCCACGUAAAGAAUGGCAAGUGGAAACCUCAGAUGUGGCCAACAAAGAUUGUAGAUGAUUAUUCAUCAAAUGAAGAAAAAAAAUUAAUAUUGUAAAUGAUCAAUCGUUUCUUUUUUUUUAAUUUGUUAUCUCUAACUAGAUUCUACUAGAUUAGUUAUUAAACUAUCUGACCAACCAAUUUUUUUUUUGACAAUCUAUCUGACCAACCAAGCUAUAGAGAUUUUAUUGUUAUGUUUCAAUUGUUUCGAAAUGUAACUUGUGAGAAUCCUCCUCCACGCUUCUCUUUUAGCCUCUUCAUGGAGGCGUCUACACGUUUUCAGCCAAAUGUAAUUACUCACAAUCAUGCACCAAAUCAGCCUACAAACUCUCCCUGUCACAGAAUUUCCUGCUACAAUGUGAUAGACUACUGUCGGUGAAUCGUUCCAUGAUGAUCUGCAUACUUAAGCAAACCCAAGUUGACUAACAACUUAUUUGCAAAAUUACUUUGAAAAAGCAAAUGGUAACCUAAAACUAGCGGUGGAAGUUUGGUUUGUGGGAUGCGGGUAACCCGCACACUUUGUGGAUACCCAUACCCACAAUUUAUGGAUAGUGGGUUGGGUGUGGGUAGCAAUAUAUAUAUAUAUGGUGACUACUUCGGUGCACUCACAAAAAUGAGUGCGUUCAAUGCACCCAACUCAAAAACUAGUCUUAAGGUGUCGGAUUUUGAAUUUUAAUUUGUAGAAUUAGUGUAAUAUGAUGAUAUACCAUAUGAUACCAACUAAUUAGCGGAUUGCCCUAAGGCCUAGACCUCCAAUUUUGAGUUCUAUCUGACUCGACUCUACUGUCACCCUAGGAACUGGCCAAGUGCAACCACUCCCUAAAGCGUAGUAUAGCGGGUUUAGGUUUAUAUGUCAACCCGGGUCCUAGAUUUGCUGACUACUCAGUGAUUUCUUGUUAUCUAGCAAUAAAACUGGAGUGCAAGUCUAAACUACCAAACAAACAAAGCAAGUAAACUGGUUGUAUUCAGGUUAAAGAGGUCACCCGGAUAUGGUUCCCCCUAGACUGCAGUUAAGCCGGAUUGUAAUUACCAAGUUCAGUUUCUAUGACAGUUAUACUGCGGAAGGUUCUUAAACAGCCUGAAGUCUUGACUAAAGGUCUUCAGACCCUCUCAAUCUGACUCUCUAGCGGGCGACUAACCUCCACCGGAGUCGACAGAUUGAGGCCCUAAGAACAAAACCUCCACUACCGGAGUAAAUCCGGUACAGAAUAGUGAGUUGGCUCCUCGACUAAAGUCACCAACUCCCUACCUUCAAUCAAGGAUACUCUAUUAA